AUGUCAAUGUCUGGCCCGUUAGUGAUUGCCGUACGAGCCACGAAUCCUAACCUGACCGAAGACACGAGAGAUUUUUUCCAGUCUGGUGGUCUAUCUCAAGCACCGGGCCGCAACCCCAGUUUACAGGAAAUGGAAGUUCAUAGUUUGGGCCUCCAAUCUGAAAGCAAUUCAGAAAGUAGUAGCGAUGACAGCGCUACUACCGAAGGCCAGACUUUUUGGUUUAAUGAGGAUGAUGAUGCAGAUUACGUCCCUCCAGUUGAACGCGAAUUGUCCUCCACUCCUCCGCAAUGUACACAAUCAGCUGUGAGUUCAGACGAAGCAGCAUGGUACAAUGAUGUUGAGCAUUUCGGACAGUAUUCUCACUAUCUGAGCUCAACCUUGCAGCCUGGAAUGGUGUUCGCUACAUUCAAAGAUUUAAAAAUAAAAGUGGCGCACCACAAUCUUGCAGUGCAUAAACAAUUCAAAAGCGCUCAUAAGAGAUCGGAAUAUUGGAAGGCAACAUGUUUGUAUCCUGCUCAGUGUCCUUGGAUGAUUACUGCUGCUCCACUUGACAGUGGUGAUCAGUUGAUAGUUAAGAAGUUUAAAGACAAACACACGUGUCGAGUCGAUUACAGUCAAGGCGGGGCAGACUACAUCGUCACUAUUACUGUAAUUGCGGACUUCAUCUUGCCGAAAAUUCAGGUUGAUCCGAUGUACAAAAUCAAAUACGUACAGCAAGAUGUCAAGACUAAGUGGGGUGUUAAUGUUAAUUACAAAAAGGCUUGGUACGCAAGGGUGCAAGCGCUACAAACACUAUAUGGGAAGUGGGAUGAGUCAUACAACUUAUUGCCACAGAUGCUACACGCAUUACAGCAAACAAACCCCGGAGCUGUUGUUGAUAUUGUUGCCAACCCUACCCCUAAUCCCAACGAGUUCGAAUUUAAGUAUGCGUUCUGGGCAUUCAAACCGGCGAUAGAUGGAUUCAAGUAUUGUUUACCCGUUCUUACCAUUGAUGGGACACAUUUGUAUGGGAAGUAUAAAGGACACCUAUUGCUGGCAGUAUCGAUGAACGCUAACAAAGAAAUAUAUCCAAUCGCGUAUUCGAUUGUGGAUGCUGAAACUGGGGAUAGUUAG